CGGAGGAGGAGGAGAAGAGCAUCGAGGGGUUGGGUUUUGGGUUCAUGGCUUCGUUCGUGUCCUCCUCGCCUUGAUUAGAGAUAAUGGGAAGAAGACGAGAGGGAAUUUAGAAUUCGAAGCUUCACGUAUCGGGUGGACCGCUACGGAGGAGAGAUGGUAUCGGCGAGUGGGGGGCCCGGGGCUUUCACGUUCUCUCUAAAACAACAGUUUGGGUCGGCCCAAAUGAGCAGUCUACAGGCCGUACCAGUAGGAAUUGUAGCCCAUGAGUCCGUCAUGAAAGUGACACUGCAUACACGGGCCUAGUGGCCUAACAAAUCUCAUAAAGUUUUAAGCAUAUGAAUUAGGUGAAGUCAUACUGUAACUGUGGGGUUACAUUUUUGGUGAGCGAUCACUUAUUUUAGCCUGUGUGUUUUAUCUGAAACACUUGAGGCAGUGACAGUUACCAGGGUUGGACCGGGCAAGCCAGGUUGAUUGCAAUUUAUUCAUGCAAAGUGGCCAAGUCAUGAGCGGAUAUGGUUGAAAAAUUCCAACAAAAGCCAGGAACGGGUCUGCUUAUGUGCCAUCACCAGUCCUCCUGGGGUGAAAAUGGGACACUAAAUACAAAGCAUGCGGAAAUGUAGAUCAUAGAAUAGUGUACAAAUUGAUGGUCAGACCAUUGACUCAGUAGUUUCAACAAAAUGCAUGACAGGCAAAUUCAGAUAUAUUUUAUUUUGUAGAUGAAAUCAUGACAUGAGACGAAGCCUGCUAAAAGAAGUUGAGCUCGUCCAACCAACUUUCUCUGCAUCUAGAAUGCUCGUGGCCAACACACUCAACGAUAAAACACGACAUCUCGAUGGCUUGGCAUCAUGGGACGAAAACGAAAGCCAACUGCUCCAUUUCUCCCCGUCAUUUAUGGUGCCUGAUGAGGUAUAUUAUAGGACAAAAUUGACCACACCCACCCCCUCGUAUAUAGUUAGUGCUGAUUACUCCUCUGUAUAAAAGGCUGUCAAAGCCUUCUACAACAAAUUAACCUCAGCUCUCCCCCCAUCCAUCCUCUCCCUUGAUCUCCAAAUGGCUACCGAAUCAACCCUCCAGACUUCCUUCCUCCUCUUCUUUUGCUUCAUCACCCUCUCGAUAGUCUCUAAGAACUUCUACAUUACACCUUGUCUGGCUAACUUCGACGUGGACUCUGUUGAUGAGUGGACCGAAGAGAAGGAAGAUGAUGAGGUUAAUGAGGUUCAGAGCCAACACACACUGUCAAGAGACUGUGACUUGUCCGUUGGAGAGUGGGUGUUCGAUGCAUCAUACCCUCUCUAUGAACCAAAUUGCCCUUACCUCAGUAACCAAGUAAGCUGCCGGAGGAACGGAAGGCCGGACUCUGACUAUGAGAAGUGGAGGUGGAAGCCGCAACAAUGCUCAAUUCCAAGGUUCAAUGCGUUGGCCUUCCUUGGAAGAAUAAGAAAGAAGAGAGUCAUGCUGGUGGGAGACUCCAUGAUGAGGAAUCAAUGGGAGUCUCUCGUUUGCUUGGUGGAAGCAGUGAUUCCGAAUGAGAGGAAGCUGGUUUCUUCCAAUGGCCAAACCAUUGCCUUCCAUGCUAUGGACUACCAAGCAUCGAUCGAGUUUGCAUGGGCUCCUCUUCUAGUCGAAUUGAAGGAAGAAUCGCAUAACAAAAAAAUUCUCCUCCUGGAUUCAAUCGACGACAAUGCGAAGUACUGGCGUGGAGUGGACAUACUUGUGUUCGAUUCUGCACACUGGUGGACUCAUUCCGGCAAAUGGAGCUUGUGGGAUUACUACAAAGAGGGGGAGAGGCUAUUCACUAGUUUGAACCCAAUGGUUGCCUAUGAGAAGGGACUCACAACAUGGGCUAAGUGGGUGGACUUGAACUUGGAUCCUAAUCGAACUCGAGUCAUCUUUCGAAGCGUCUCGCCCCGGCAUAACAGGGAAAAUGGAUGGCAAUGUUACAAACAGAGGGAGCCUCUGGUCUUUCUGGGCUUCAAACCUCGGGUUCCCGGACAACUAGUGGUGCUACGUGAGGUGCUGAAGAAGAUGAGCUUUCCGGUGUACCUUCUAGACGUGACGAGCAUGUCGGCACUUCGAAGAGAUGGGCAUCCAUCGGUAUAUGGACGAGCCGCCGAUGCACAGGGGAGGCAGGACACAGCAGUCCGGACCUCAGAUUGCACCCACUGGUGCUUGCCCGGGGUGCCCGAUGCAUGGAAUGAGAUGCUUUAUGCUCUUCUCUAGAUAUCGGAAGAGAUCAUGUAAUCUGUCUUGGUGCAACAGUGGAAAAAUUCAGCUAGUGGUGUGUUGGGGAUGAGCCUUUGUAGUGAUGCUAUUAAGGUAUGCUGCGGUUCUUUGUUGGGUUGCUUAUAUGAUCAAGGCUAUGAUGUAACUUAGCGUGUACUUUUCUAUGUUUCUCUUAAAAUAAGAGAUCCAUGUGGUUAACCUUU